GUGUGAGUUCUGUGGGUGAAAGAGAGUCUGUGCGUGUUCCAGUGCAGGCAGUUCUCGAGGUUAUUUUGAAAGUGACCCCCUCACUCACUCACAGCCGCGCACCGCGCUAACUGUCGGGACUCGGGAAGCAUGACACAAGAUGACGGAUACGGUUAUCGUAGAGGGACAGGUCAGACUUCGUGAGGGAAAAAAGGUGGUUCAAAGCAACCCAAACUACUUUUACUUGGAAAAACAGAUGGGUGAUUCUUCGGAAACCUUCUCCUGUAGCAGACUGCCUGAUCUUGCUGGUGUAUAAGGAGCGUGGAGAGAAGAGUAAAGGACAGCGGGAGAGGAGUCAGGCCACGUUGAGGGAUAUCUAUGGGCUGGAGGCUCUUCAGGGGUUUGAUGGAGUGAAUUACGUGCUCAGUCUGCUCUGCCUGAGCCAGUCUGUCAUGCUGGGCUUCGACAACAAAGUGUCUCUUCUGGCCUGGGAUGCUCGUAUCCGCUACAGCCUUGGAGAGGUCCACAGGUUCAACGUCAAUGUCCAGCCUGGUACCAGACUAGAAAGUGGCCCCGCCUCGCUGCAUUUGUGCAACAACUUGCUUGUCAUCGCCAGAGACCUCCCUCCAACUGUCAUCGGCCAAUGGAAAAUGUCAGACUUGAGGCGUUAUGGUGACGUUCCUAAUGGAUUUGUCUUUGAGGGAGGGACAAGAUGUGGCUACUGGGCUGGUGUUUUCUUCCUAGCAUGUGCAGAAGGAAAACAGAUCAGUUUUUUGUUUGAUUGCAUCGUUCGUGGCAUAUCGCCAAGCAGGGGCCCGUUUGGACUGCAUCCAGUCCUGCCUGACCCCAGUGCUAACCCAUCAUCUAUAGAAGACAGGAUUAGCCAGGAGACCAGUGAGCUAGAGAGACGACUCAGUAUGCUGUCCAUUUGUAGUCACCACAGCAGUGCAACCUCCACCUUCAGUUAUGGUUGCUCCUUGACAGGAGAUGAUCGGAGCAUCUCCAGCUCCUCUGAGACCAGCCUAUCUGAGAACAGCUUGGGAAGCCGCCUGGCGAUAUGGCCUGAGCCGGUCAGACACCCCACCCCUGUCGAACCGUCAUUAUCAUCAUCCCUGUUAGGGGUUGCGAUAUCUGAGAGUACAGCCUGUUCUGUCAGCACGUCCAGUGAUGACCGUCUAUAUGGAGUGAUGAUGGGAGGGCUUCGUCCACCAUCCAAGUAUCCUCACCCUAGAGGCCUUCAAGAGGUGGGACGCCAGAGCUCAACAGACAGCGGUAUUGCCACUGGAAGCCACUCUUCGUAUUCUGGAAACUUCUCCUCCUACACUGGUAGUAUGGAUAUUGGGCAUGGAAAGACUGAUGAGUUUGGAUCCUUAACAAGCCUUCCUCAAAACUCCAAUUCAAACUCUAACUCCCUUAUCAACACUCCAGUACCAACAAUCCCACUAAUUCCUGUGCACAAACUGUGUGUGUGUCCACUCAGAGAGGCUGCUCAAAUGCAGGCCACCAUGUACCAGGUACCAAACCCACCUCUGCAGCAUUAUGACAUCCCUCGCAAGCUCCUACAACGCCAAUCAUCCAAUCAGGAACAGUUUUGGACUGCCACAAGCCAUGGACAGAGGCCUGAAUGUGGAGCCUUGGGACCAGAUGGCAUCCCUGCAGAUGAUAACCCCAAACAAACUGUGAAGGAGCAACUGUGGUGUGGUGAAGGAACAGCACCCACUGAAGGUUCCACCAUACCACAGUUGCAUCCCACCAUAUGUCCCGACUGUGGGGGAGGAAAGGUGGAGCAGAGGAGCAGGUGUGAGACGAGAAGCAGUUCUGAAGAGCAAACUAACGCUGAACCAAAAGGCAAAUAUGUGCAGAGGGCAUACAUGACUGAUUCAUCCAGGUGGCCACAGUUCAGAGCUGGAGAUUACGGAGAGACUGGACUGACAGUCAUUGACAAACUUCAAGGUGAUUCUGUUAACUACAUAAAUAUCCCCAUCAGUCCUAUGUCUAAAGGCCAGCUGCACUACAUGGAACUGGAUCUGCAGGACCUUCCAGAGUCAAGUCACACUGGCAGAGCGGUCGGUUCCUGUACUAAAUAUGCCCACAUUGACAUCACUGCGAAGGAGACCGCACAGAGGGUGGGAGCCCAGCAUGUACAGGGCCGAGAGGAGAGACUACAGAACCCACAACACAAGAGGAGAGGAACACUCACCUGAACAUAUAACAUGGAGACAAAACGUCUGAGACAACAUUGAAAAAAAAUCUUUUAAACCUAGUUCUUACAUUUUAUUUAUUUAUUUUUUUAAGAAAAAUGUAUAUAUUUAAUAUAAAAUAUUUUGAGAUGCUGUCAUAUUUUUAGGUCACUUUUUUGAAUCAUGAGCAGAAUUUUAAAGAAUUUUUCCAUAAUUUUUUAAUUUCCUUGCGUCCACUGAAGUACAAAAUGUGGAUGAUCAGGUUUUACACAAACGUUCAUACAAGUUCAUGCAAUUCCAUGUAAUUUGUCCUUUUUGAAUCAACAAAGAAGAUACCAAAUAUUAAGAAAUUAUUAAAUUCAUAUGCAUUUUUCAGUUCAAUGUUUGUUUUUCUCGAUUUAUGCUGAAAAAAAUGCAAAGUAAAAUUAUAUUUGGCAGGUGUCUCAGCGGUUCUCAACCUGGGGUCCAGGGCCCACUAGGGGGCCUCAGCAUGAGUCAAAUAUAUUGAAAUUAACAUUUAUAAAACUUUCAAUAUUAAUGUUAAAAAUAAUAUUAAUGUAAAAAAAAAAA